AGUUUUGAGUUAGAAGCGGUAGGAGCCUUCGAACACAUUGAAUUCAUCAAUCCCACUCCAGCUCCCCCUACCUAAUUUUAAAUCAAAUCAAAUACACACCUAUACAUACAAUUCAUCAUCACCUUCCAAAAUUCUCAUUCUCAUUUUCCAUCUCUCUAGACAAUCUCGUCUCUCCCCAGUCAAAUCUCGCAAAUGAACCAUCCUCACACUUCCCAAUGACAUCGCCGCCGUUAGCUCCCGCCAUCAUCUCCUUCACUAUUCUUUUCUUAGCCGCCGUCACCUCCGUUGAGUCUCUCUCCGGCACCACCUCCACUCUCGCCGUCAUUUCCGGCCCCUCCGGCCCCACCAUCUGCGGCAUUCUCGCUUCCCAGCCGACCCAUCACGUUGUCUGCUCCCGAAACAACUCCGCCUUCAACAUCUCGCCGGAAAUCUCGUUCACGCGGAUUUCCGGCGGCCGGGAUUUCUUCUGCGGCGUCAGGUCCGGUGGGCACGCUUUGAUUUGCUGGAACAGCACUUUUGUGCCAAAGAGGUUGUAUUAUAAUGAAAGCUUUGCGUUGGAUAAUCUUGUUGUUGGUGAUUAUCAAAUUUGUAGCUUAAUUGAUAGCACUCGAAAUGUUAUGUGUUGGCGCGGUGAGUCUCCAGAGAGGACUCAGUUUCGUGGGGUUUCUUCGGGUUUAGGGUUUUCUUGUGGAGUAGUAAAUAGUACUAAUAGAGUCUUAUGUUGGAGUACUAAUGGAAUUAAUUCGAUUGAUAAUAGUUAUAGAUUUGCUGAAUAUAUGCAAAAUGAGUAUGCCAAUUUUUCGAUGUUGAGUAUUGUUGUAGGGGGGAGUUUUUCGUGUGGGUUUAAUUUAAGUGGAGGUUUAAUAUGUAGGGGGAAUAAUGGCAAUGGUGAAUUGGAUGUUCCAUUGUCGGGUUUGAGUAAUGUGUAUAGAGAUGUCGCGCUAGGGAGGGAUUUUGGGUGCGCGAUUAGGAAUGUUAAUAGUAUGGUUGUGUGUUGGGGAAGGGGGUUUAGGGAGGGUUAUAGGAAUGUCAGUGAUGGGGUUUUUUUUGAGUCUAUUGUUGCUGGAGAGGAUUUUGUUUGUGGACUAACUAGUAGUAAUUUUUCGGUGAUUUGUUGGGGGCCGGGGUGGGGUAAUGUAGAGAAUGAGGUUUCGUUGGGGAACAUUUUGCCAGGGUCUUGUGUUGAGGAGGAAUGCGAGUGUGGUGUGUAUCCGCAGUCCGAGACGUUGUGUUCUGGAAAUGGUAAUAUAUGCAGCCGGUGUGAUCUCGUGGAGAGGAUUCCGCCAGUUUCACCACCUACAUUGGGUGAUGAUGCACCGUCUUCGCCAAGUAAGGAGAUUUCUAAGGGUUUAUUGGCAUUUGCUAUUGUUGGAUCUGCUGGUGCUCUGCUUUCUGUUUGUGCUAUAAUUUAUUGUUUGUGGACUGGGGCUUGUUUUGGGCACAAGAAAAUUCAUAAUUCUGUGCAACCUACUAUUAAUGGGACUAAUUCUAAUGCUCCCAAUUCAAAUGGAAGUCCGCCUUCAAGGUCUUCCACUAUUAGGCGUCAGGGUUCUAGAGGAUGGAGCCGUCAGAGGAGUGGGACAGGUGGUUUGUUUGGUCGACAGAGGAGUGGAACCUCGGGUUUAUUUGGUCGUCAGAGGAGUGGAACCUCGGGAAAGUAUGCAGAGAGAGCGGAAGAAUUCUCGUUUUCUGAUCUAUUAGCAGCUACCAACAGUUUCUCCCUAGAGAACAAGAUUGGUGCUGGUAGUUUUGGUGUUGUGUACAAAGGUAAGUUACCAGAUGGUCGCGAGGUUGCGAUUAAAAGGGGAGAUACAAGUACAAUUUUGAAGAAGUUUCAAGAGAAAGAGAGUGCUUUUGAUUCAGAAUUGGCAUUCUUGUCUAGGCUGCAUCACAAGCACUUGGUCAGGCUUGUUGGUUACUGCGAAGAGGGGGAUGAGAAGCUUUUGGUGUAUGAUUACAUGAAGAAUGGUGCACUUCAUGAUCAUUUGCAUAAGAAUAAUGUAGGAAACAAUAGCGCCUUACUAAAUUCUUGGAAAAUGAGGAUCAAGAUCUCACUAGAUGCUGCUCGUGGCAUCGAGUAUCUCCACAAUUAUGCAGUUCCACCUAUAAUCCAUAGGGACAUCAAGUCUUCAAACAUUUUGCUGGAUGCCAACUGGACUGCAAGAGUAUCUGAUUUUGGAUUGUCGUUAAAUGGUCCAGAGCCUGACCAUGAUUAUAGACCGACUAAGGCAGCUGGGACAGUUGGCUACAUUGACCCUGAGUAUUAUGGCCUGAAUGUCUUAACUGCAAAGAGUGAUGUCUAUGGUCUUGGUGUGGUAUUGCUAGAACUUCUAACUGGAAAAAGAGCCAUAUUCAAGAGCGACAAAGAUGAAGGUGAACCAACAAGCCUGGUAGACUUCGCUGUUCCAGCCAUCAUGUCAGGAGAAUUGAUGAAGAUUUUGGACUCGAGAGUUGGACUGCCACAGCUGAAUGAAGCUGAGGCAGUAGAGCUGGUGGGAUACACUGCCAUGCAUUGCGUGAGUUUGGAAGGAAAGGACAGACCAACCAUGACUGACAUUGUUUCUAAUUUGGAACGUGCAUUGUUCUUAUGUGAAGAUAGCCAUGGCAGCAUCUCUAGUGGUUCGAUCUCCAUCGUUUCAGAGUAAAUUAUCCACUUCUUUGAUAUUCAAUUUGAUUCUUUAGUCAUUUUCGUUUUACAGUAUACUUGCUGACCGUAAGAGAUAGGGUUUAGGGCUUUAGAACUAACAUGAGCUAGGUUAGGAUUUUGUGAACACUGAGACACAACAAAGGGCUUAUGACACUAAUUUUUUUCUUCAAAGUUGAGUUUGAAACCUCUGGUUUCUAUUUCCAUGUAAUCAUAUGUUUAUUUGUGCUUGUUCAAGAUGUCUGUACAUAAUGAUACAGUUUAAUGAUUCAUUAUUCCAAAUUGCUAAUAA